UUAAAAUAUGUUAAUCCACUGCAUCUGCAAGAAUUUCUCCAGUGAUCAACAGAUUAGCAAGGCUGGUGAACGGCUUGAACAACUGUACUAGCGCUCUCUAUCUCUGUGCAAUCAUCAGGAAGAUUAAUUUUUACCUCUGGCUAUCAUGAUCUGACGGACCUGCCGCCGUGCUAAGACCAGACCACAGCCAGGAUGCGGGUGUGCCCGGGGGGGCCUGUCCUGCAGAAGUGUGUGCGUGUGUGUUGUCGUCGGGGUCGGUGGCGUGUGCCCCGGUGUGUGAGACGCGCAUGGUCAUACACACACCUCCUGGCACGAUCACUCUGCUACAAUUCCCUGACCACCUGGGACACGGUCAACGAGUCGCUCUUUGAGCCCGUCUUUUGGACCGCCGACCGCCUCACACGAUGGUUUGGACCGGUGUUUGUAUGUUUGGUCAUCGUGCUGACCAGCUCCAUCAUGCUGAUUGCGUACCUGGUGCUUCUGCCUCUGGUGCUGCGGACGUACCCCCCCCAGUGGAUCGCCUGGCACCUGGGCUUCGGACACUGGAUCAUAGUCAUGAUCACAUUCCACUACUACAAGGCCACGCGCACGCCGCCUGGACGACCGCCCACGAUGAAGAAUGAUGUUCCUUUUGUGUCCAUUUGUAAGAAGUGUGUGAUCCCCAAACCAGCCAGAACACACCACUGUGGCAUCUGUAACACAUGCAUUCUCAAGAUGGAUCAUCACUGCCCCUGGCUGAAUAACUGUGUGGGCCACUUUAACCAGCGCUACUUCUUCUCCUUCUGCGUGGUCCUCACACUCGGCUGCAUGUACUGCAGCAUCAGCGGACGCAAUCUCUUCAUCGACGCAUACAGCGCCAUCGAGCACUUUAAAGCUUUGGAGGCGGAGAAACCUGGGGUUCCGGUGAAGGGGGUGGGACUUCUCAUCGGCAUUGUGCCUCCUGAGAGUUCAUACAAGGCUACUCCCCCAACCUUUACCUUCAAGGACAAACUGGUGAACAAGAGUAUCAUCUACAUGUGGGUCCUGACCAGCACUGUGUCGGUAGCUCUGGGUGGUCUGACGCUGUGGCACGCUAUGCUGAUCUCUCGUGGAGAGACGAGCAUCGAAAGACACAUCAACAAGAAGGAGGUCAAACGACUCAGCAAACGGGGCAAGGUCUACAAAAACCCCUACAAUUAUGGACGCCUGAACAACUGGAAGCUCUUCUUAGGUGUCGAGAAGAGAAGUCAUUGGGUGACACGGGUUCUCUUGCCCUCUAGUCACCCCCCCUGUGGAGACGGCCUAACGUGGGACUUCCACCCCAAGAGAAAAGAAGCCCUUCCUGUGUGACACACACACACACACACACACACACACACACACACACACCGUCCUGCACUAAGUGCUCUGAUUCCGUUCUGCUCAUCCGAAACCUCUGAGACCCUCUCUGUGAUAUUGUCAUGGUGAUGCACGUGGUGUUGGUUGUGGGGUCAUCCUGGUGGUUGUUGGGCACUGCUGUGCUUUGGCUGAUGGCUGGGGGACAGCCUAUGGGGACAGCAUGCUGCUGAGAGCCACUGGACCAGCCACUCCUGCUCAGGCCGCCAUUGUGGAUCUAGACCACUGCGUCCCACAGAGGCGGCCAUUUUGGAUCUACUACUGACUGAACCACCUGCCCCUGUACAGGCAGCCAUUGUGGAUCUAGACCUCUGUGUCCCACAGAGGCGGCCAUUUUGGAUCUACUGUACUACUGACUGAACCACCUGCCCCUGUACAGACAGCCAUUUUGGAUCUAGACCUCUGCGUCCCACAGAGGCGGCCAUUUUGGAUCUACUACUGACUGAACCACCUGCCCCUGUACAGUCAGCCAUUUUGGAUCCUUUCUCCAGUUGGGACUGCUAAGGGACAGUGGAGUUAUGGAGAAUGUCCACAUGCCUGUACUGGAUGUGUGUCGUGCUUUUUAACUUUAUUCAAACUAUUAAACGUAUUCUUUUUUUACAGUCA